UGUGUGGCGAAAUAGAAGGAAAUGAAUUGUAUAGUGUGUGUGUUUCUGAUCAAUGGAUUGUUGGUUAAUGCAUUCCCCGCUAACGACGGAGUGGACAAUGGCGUACAUAUAACAGUACCAGUGACGGGCGUGGCGGAAUUCAGCGGAACUGCCCAAGCUACUGGAUCAGUGGCUUUACUUGCUCACACUCCAUGUCCAGAAAUUACGCUACCGUUUAUUGCUAGUACGCUAGAAAAUGAUCGUUUACCGAAAAAUUCUGAGGCCGGUGAAGAAAUAGACGCCACAAUGGCUGAAAGUGACGCAUUCGUAGAAAAAAAAUUACAAGGGAUGGGAUCAAAAAUGCAAAUUGCAACGCAAUGCAGUCCUCUGGACUCAACUCUACAGCAAAUGGAAUCUGAACUUUCCACAGAAUUAUCUAAGUUUGAUGAGUUUUUAGAGUCAGAAUUGGCAAAUACUGAAGAAAUGGUCCAAUCAGCACUAAGAAAAGUACAAUUAGAAACAGACAGAAAAUACGACGAGAUCACAGAAACAGUAACAAACGAGUUGACGGAACAAGAUGCGUUAAUACAAAUAUCAACGCUUAUCCUACAAUCGUUUGUGGAAUCAAAACUCGCAGAAACAGAAAAUCUAGUCAAAGCUGAGUUAGAAAAAGUAAAUACAUUUGUGGAUUCCGAGCUGGAAAAAGUUGACGCCAUUGUAGAGUCUGAAUCAGCAAAUAUAAACUUAGCUGUAGAGACAGAACUAGAGAAAACGGAUGCUUUAAUACAAUCUGAACUUAUGGAAAUGGAAUCGGUUGUAAAAUCAAAUAUUGCAAAAAUGGAAUCUCUCGUAGAAUCUGAAUCAGAAAAAGUUGAUAGAUUUAUUGAAGCAGAACUGGCAAAGACCGAUGCUUUUGUAAACUCAGAAUUAUCUAAAAUACAAUCAGUUUUAGCAACAAAAUUAGAAAAAGUAGAAAAAGCAUUAGAUGUUGGUGAUUCUUGUACAAUGAGCAGUGACAGUGUUCCUAUGAUGGUGCCAGUUCCAAUAUAUGCUGAAAAUUAUUCAGGACUUACUCUUAACAACGAUGAAUCGUACACUCAAAUGCUUCCUUACAUUGACACCGGCUUCGCUCCACCUACAAUAGGAACUCGAAACCCGAUAAUAACCCUUAACGAAGCACCUUACGACAGCCAAUACCUUGGAAAAACAGCACCAGUCCUGUACCAUAGGAAUCAACUACCAAUGGUGAACGUCGUCCGGGGAACAGCUAGAGCGACGGGCCACAUGAAGCUGUUUUAUAAAUUUCCAUGUCCACCGUUGCAAGCGACAGAAAUAGGCCCGGAUGGAAAGAAAUGCAUAUGGAUUAAGAAAAAAUCUUGUGAUAAAGAAAAACCUUCAAAACCAAAAGUUGAAUUCCCCGAUGUCUCGGUCACAGAGAUACCCACAGAAGCCAAUUAUGAGGACCUUAGCAGCGAAGAACCAGAAGAUUUUGUACCUUUAGGUCCCAUUCCUAUUCGUGGUGAAACGGUAUUUGAGGGGAAAGCACCUGCUUAUGGCUCAGUUAGUAUUACUGGGCACAGUGUUGAAGCAGUUUUCUGAAGUAAUGAACUAUACUUUUUCUUUUUUUACUUGAUAUCGGACGAUAUGGCAGUCGGGCCCGACUCUAGCUUGUCUCUGAAUAAAAAAAAGUACGGAUGCGUGACAUGCGCGAAACAGUAUGCUUUACCGCCAUUUUGACGUUUAAUUAGUUUGAAAGUAUAAAAUUACUUUGUUUUGUUGAAACUUAUGAUAUUGAAGUAGAUAAAGCAGUGUAUGUAACUGUACAUAAUUACAUAUUAAAAUACUCGUGUGAUCCUUUUAUGAAACUCGUUUCAUUCGUUUCAUAAAUCCACACUCGUAUUUUAAUGCCUUUCAUUAUGUGGCAGUCACAUAAACAACUAUAAAGUUUAAAUAAAUAAGUGUCAACAAUAGAACGUCCACUUUAAUUUACUAUCCCCCUUCCAUUUCCUAAUGGCGUGGAAAACUAAUUCCAUUUAACCAUUAACGAUUAAAUGGCAUUAUUUUAGAGAAAAAUAACCUUGACAUCGAUCGAAUAUUAGUCAGAAUUAGCGAAAAAUCGCUUGCAUCAGCAUAUCGAGAUCAUUGACCUACUUACUUGUACACUUUUUACGUGCCUAGCAAUAAUAUCUGACUGACAUGACAAUAUAAUGUAAAGACAGGUUCUAAGACGUCGAAGCUCAAAAGUUUCAAUAAUAAAUUAGUCUCACUCCAGAUUGCUUUGAAAAAACCUAGUUAGAUUAUAAUUGGCUACUUGACAGUUUUUAGGGUUCCGUAGUCAACUAGGAACCCUUAUAGUUUCGCCAUGUCCGUCUGUCUGUCUCUCUGUCUGUCUGUCCGAGGCUUUGCUCCGUGGUCGUUAGUGCUAGAAAGCUGAAAUUCGGCAUGGAUAUAUAAAUCAAUAAAGCCGAUUAAGUCGUACAAUAAAAUGUAAUUUUUUUUUUGAAGGUACCUCCCCUACACGUAAAGUGGGGGUGAAUUUUUCUUUUUGCUUCAACCCUACAGUGUGGGGUAUCGUUGAAAAGGUCUUUCAAAACUAAUAGGGGUCUUCAACAAACAUUUUUUGAUAAAGUGAAUAUAUUCGGAGAUAAUCGCUCCGAAAGACAAAAAAAAUGUGUCCCCCCCCCCACACUAACUUUGAACCGUGAAAGGUACCAUUUCAUCCCUUGGUUAACAAUGUACUAUACUUUAAGCUCCAGUUUAGCUUAUUGUGACGGAAGAGUAACUACGGAACCCUACACUGAGCGUGGCUCGACAUGCUCUUGGCCGGUUUUUAUUUGUAAAUAAUGUCAAUCGAUCUUAAUAUUCUUGAGGAUCAAAUGUUCAUAUAGGACUCAUGGUAUUUACGAUACACAAUGGUCAGAAAUGAGAGUUAAAGUCUGACGCUCGCACUCGACGAUUGAAACUUCCGACGUGUUGGAAGCCGGUGUUGCUCGAAGAUUGAAACGCUUCUAACAAAAUGAUAUUGUAAUGUGACGCCACAUUAGGGCUCGUCUACACGAUGGCCCAGCGUAGGCCAGUCUAAUCUGACGACCAGUUUGGCCUAGUGGGUAGUCACCCUGCCUACGAAGCUGAUGGUCCCGGGUUCAAAUCCUGGUAAGGGCAUUUAUUCGUGUGACGAGCAUGGAUAUUUGUUCCUGAGUCAUGGGUGUUUUCUAUGUAUUUAAGUAUUUAUAAAUAUUUAUAUAUUAUAUAUAUCGUUGUCUAAGUACCCUCAACACAAGCCUUAUUGAGCUUACUGUGGGACUUAGUCAAUUUGUGUAAUAAUGUCCUAUAAAUAAAUUUAUUUUUAUUUUUAUUUAAUCUAAGGGACGCAGCUAUACGGUGAAAUGAGAUAUUUCUAUCACUUGCUCCCUCUAACGCAUAAAUGCGUCCCUAAGGACUGGCCUGCGCUGGGCUAUCGUGCAAAGGAGCCAUAUUACAUUAGUCUGUCCUAAAUAAAAAAAUAGAAGCAAAUAAAGAAAUACAAUACAAUACAAACCUAAAUGUAUGGAAGAUCAAGGAAAUUGCUAUUUUGACCCUGAAAUAUUGCAUUUAUGUGUACUAAUUCUAAGAUUUGCUGUACUAUACUAACACUAUUAUGGAUCUCCCUAGAUUCGACACAAAUAAAUGAUUAAAAUUGAACUGAAAUAUGUAUAGUUGUUAUACAAUAUAUUUUUAAAUAAAAUGUAAGGAAUCAAAUCA